GUGCCCAUAAAUAGCGGUUUCACCCACAAUCCCUCUCACCUUUUUUUUCUGCGCAUAAAAGAGAAGACUCCAGGGCCAACUUCUCGCUUGGCUUUCUAGGGUUUUCCUAUUCCCUUUCGUUAUUCUCUGCAGGUUAGGCGAACAAAACUCCGUCGUUUCAUCGAUCGGAACCAUGUCGUCGUCGAAGAAGAUCACUCUGAAGAGCUCUGACGGUGAGGCUUUCGAAGUGGAGGAGGCGGUGGCGCUUGAGUCUCAGACGAUCAAGCACAUGAUUGAGGACGAUUGCGCCGACAACGGAAUCCCCCUCCCGAACGUGACGAGCAAGAUCUUGGCCAAGGUCAUCGAGUACUGUAAGAAGCACGUCGAGGCCACCUGUGCCGACGAGCGCACCUCCGACGAAGAUCUCAAGGCUUGGGACACCGAGUUCGUCAGGGUUGACCAGGCCACCCUCUUCGAUCUCAUUCUGGCUGCAAACUAUUUGAACAUCAAGAGCCUUUUGGAUUUGACAUGCCAGACCGUAGCGGACAUGAUCAAGGGUAAGACACCAGAGGAGAUCCGCAAGACCUUUAACAUCAAGAAUGACUUCACCCCUGAGGAAGAGGAAGAGGUUCGUAGGGAGAAUCAGUGGGCAUUUGAAUGAUGUACUGGUUGAUUAUGUGGAGUUGAACUCAAACAAAAAUGUGUUUUUAUGGUGUAUUAUGUGGGUUUAUAUUACAUUAGUAAUAGUUAUUCUCUGACUCUCUCUUUUUGUCUGUUUUAAGUACUCUCUCGUUUGAAAUUGUGAGCGCCUUAAAGUGUAAAUAAUAUUCAGAUUUUGAUGGGGGCAUUGGUAGCAGUUGUCCUGCUAUCAAUUCCACUAUCAUUUCAAUGCUUUA